UGUGACGCUACGUGGUGCUGCCUGGCGCUCAUUGCUGCCAGGUCCUUGCUGUUAGCCGUUUUAGAUCGAGGCGUUAUUGCUCCAGCUCAGAGCUGGUCUGAUACCAAUCUGCCACUACAAGCUGAGCGCGGCAAUGGCCCCGGCCAAGGCGUACAUCGCCGAGUUCGUUGGCACCUUCCUUCUGGUGUUCACCGUCGGGUGCAAUGUGCUCAGCAAGCAGAGCACUUGGGCCGGGAUGUCGAUCGGUUGCUCCCUGAUGGUCGGCAUCUACGCCCUGGCGCCGAUCUCGGGGGCGAACUUUAACCCUGCGGUGUCCGUCACGCUUGGCAUCGCUGGCAAGCUGCCCUGGAAGGACGUGGCCGUCUACUCGGUGGUGCAGGCGUCGGCAGGCGUGCUCGCGGGCCUUCUCUCCCACCUGAUGUUCGGGGCUCCCCUUGCCCUCGGACCUGCGGGCGGCUUCUCCUGGUGGCAGGCGGGUGUGUGCGAGCUCGUCUAUACGUUCAUGCUCUGCUUCGUGGUCCUCAACACCGCCUGCUCCGCGGCGAACGCGGGCAAGCAUCAGUUCUAUGGCCUCUCGAUUGGCUUCGUGAUCGUGGCGGGCGCGUACGGGGCGGGCGCCGUCUCUGGCGGCUGCUUCAACCCCGCCGUUGCGCUUGGUAUAGUUGGAGGCGGUUCGAGCUCGGGCUAUUUUCCGCUGUACGUCGUCUUCGAAUUAGGCGGCGCUGCGAUGGCGGCAUCACUCUUCAAGGUGGUGCGGCCCAAGGCCUUCGAGGAGGGGGAGGCGGCUGGGUUGAAGGCCAAGGUGACGUCGGAGGUCCUCGGAACCUACAUGCUUGUGCUGACGGUGGGUCUCAACGUCCUGGCGGAGUCCCCUGCUGGGGCUUUCUCUAUCGCCGCGUCGCUCAUGGUCAUGAUCUUCGCCCUGGGCGACGUGUCGGGGGGCCACUUCAACCCGGCGGUGACUGCUGCGAUCCUGGCGAUCAAGAAGAUCGAGGCGAAGGAGGCCGUCAUCUAUUGCGGCGCACAGGGGUUCGGCGGGAUUCUGGCGGCCUGCACUUACACUGCCAUCCACGGAGGGAAGAGCUUUCCCCUCGGCCCUAAAGACGGAUUUGGCUUGGGCGAGGUGGCCGGGGCCGAGGCCUUCUUCACUUUCGUUCUCUGCUUCGUCGUGCUCAGCGUCGCCUGCUCGCCCAGCGCGAGCAAAGGUGACUACUCGGAGGUAUUCGGGCUCGCCAUCGGCUCCUGCGUCACCGUGGGCGGCUUCGCCAUCGGCAGCGUCUCCGGCGGCAGCUUGAACCCUGCCGUGUCUUUCGGCAUCGCGGCGGGUGACGCGAUGGGCGCCUCCAAUUUCGGUGGCCUCCUCACAAUGGGCUGGCUCUACACCGUCUUCGAGCUGGCCGGCGCGGGCGUCGCGGCACUGGUGUACUUCCAGACGCACGCCGCACGAGGAGAAGGACAAGCCAAGACUACUCCUAAAAGCCUUCUUCCGUAUAAUGCCCGACUGCUUGCAGAACCGGUCGCUGCGCCCGCAGUGGCCCCGGCCAAGGCGUACAUCGCCGAGUUCGUUGGCACCUUCCUUCUGGUGUUCACCGUCGGGUGCAAUGUGCUCAGCAAGCAGAGCACUUGGGCCGGGGUGUCGAUCGGUUGCUCCCUGAUGGUCGGCAUCUACGCCCUGGCGCCGAUCUCGGGGGCGAACUUUAACCCUGCGGUGUCCGUCACGCUUGGCAUCGCUGGCAAGCUGCCCUGGAAGGACGUGGCCGUCUACUCGGUGGUGCAGGCGUCGGCAGGCGUGCUCGCGGGCCUUCUCUCCCACCUGAUGUUCGGGGCUCCCCUUGCCCUCGGACCUGCGGGCGGCUUCUCCUGGUGGCAGGCGGGUGUGUGCGAGCUCGUCUAUACGUUCAUGCUCUGCUUCGUGGUCCUCAACACCGCCUGCUCCGCGGCGAACGCGGGCAAGCAUCAGUUCUAUGGCCUCUCGAUUGGCUUCGUGAUCGUGGCGGGCGCGUACGGGGCGGGCGCCGUCUCUGGCGGCUGCUUCAACCCCGCCGUUGCGCUUGGUAUAGUUGGAGGCGGUUCGAGCUCGGGCUAUUUUCCGCUGUACGUCGUCUUCGAAUUAGGCGGCGCUGCGAUGGCGGCAUCACUCUUCAAGGUGGUGCGGCCCAAGGCCUUCGAGGAGGGGGAGGCGGCUGGGUUGAAGGCCAAGGUGACGUCGGAGGUCCUCGGAACCUACAUGCUUGUGCUGACGGUGGGUCUCAACGUCCUGGCGGAGUCCCCUGCUGGGGCUUUCUCUAUCGCCGCGUCGCUCAUGGUCAUGAUCUUCGCCCUGGGCGACGUGUCGGGGGGCCACUUCAACCCGGCGGUGACUGCUGCGAUCCUGGCGAUCAAGAAGAUCGAGGCGAAGGAGGCCGUCAUCUAUUGCGGCGCACAGGUGUUCGGCGGGAUUCUGGCGGCCUGCACUUACACUGCCAUCCACGGAGGGAAGAGCUUUCCCCUCGGCCCUAAAGACGGAUUUGGCUUGGGCGAGGUGGCCGGGGCCGAGGCCUUCUUCACUUUCGUUCUCUGCUUCGUCGUGCUUAGCGUCGCCUGCUCGCCCAGCGCGAGCAAAGGUGACUACUCGGAGGUAUUCGGGCUCGCCAUCGGCUCCUGCGUCACCGUGGGCGGCUUCGCCAUCGGCAGCGUCUCCGGCGGCAGCUUGAACCCUGCCGUGUCUUUCGGCAUCGCGGCGGGUGACGCGAUGGGCGCCUCCAAUUUCGGUGGCCUCCUCACAAUGGGCUGGCUCUACACCGUCUUCGAGCUGGCCGGCGCGGGCGUCGCGGCACUGGUGUACUUCCAGACGCACGCCGCAGAGGGGAAAUAGGAGAAUCGGAGUCGGCGUACGUUGCAGCGGCAUCGUGCGAGGACGAGUCGGGCGAGGAGGCGACAGGGAUGAGUAGUAGUCGGGCGAGGCGGCGGGAAGAACAAUGACACCCUUGCGGCACUGCUUGGGGCAUGCACUUUCGGAGGUCCGCUCGGAUUUUUCGCGUCGGCGGUGGGAGCCCCCCCUGGCGGUGCCUUCGGCGCCGCCCCUGGCGCGCUCCGCGCGCCGGGCGCGGGGCCAGCGCCGAUCCGAGACAUCCGCGUGAACCGCCGAGUUUUACGUUUAUGCAGACUUCUCUUCCUCUGUCCUCUCCGAUCUAAUCGUUUUUAUAUCAGGCGCCUCGUUUUGAGAGUCGGGCCUGCGCGGUACUGUUUCCCGAUGGUAGUUUGAGCCAGCGCCCAGAGUCCGAUGCGUGCGCUUGGCUUCCGUAUCAUUCUGGCACUGAUUCGGACAUGUAUGUCUAGGCUCCUCAGCCGCGGUUCAAGUAUUGGCUUUGCUUCGCCAUGUGCAAACACUCUUUGACGAGACCCGUCCUCGUCCAAACAAGUGUACAAGUUGGUGGAAGCGUCUGGUGCGCGUGGCUCGAUGCCAGCGAACCAUUUUCUUUGAGCUCAUGUGCCUCGUUCUGCCCCCUUUCUUUGUCUGCUCGUCUAGCACUAAUCCCGUGUCCUCCUCGUCCACCAGCUCCUCGUUGACUCCCUCGUGGGUCUCUCUCGCGCGUGAACUCGGCCUGCAAGAGCUGUGGCCAUGACCGGCGACCCCGAGAGGGUGUUGCACAGCGCUGGAUCAACUUUUUGAGGCGAAUUUUCGAGGCGAGAGUAGUGGGGUAGCAUCUUGUUCCUGACGCCUGAGUCUUGCUCGCGCUGCUCUCUCCACGUGUCUGUGCAGCCGUGAGGCUGGCGCAUCAGAAGACGAAUAAAACUUCCG